GCCCCGCCGUGCCCCGGGAGCGGCGCCUCGUGCGGGCCAGGGCGUCCCCUCCGGCUCCCUCAGGGGCUCGGAGUGGCGGCUGGGCGGCGCUCGGUGAGAAGUUACUCCGGACGGGCGGGCGCAGCCAUGGAGCCCCGCAGCGCGGAGUACUUCAGCGCCCAGGUGCUGCAGAAGGAGGUGGGCAGCCGACUGCAGGCCGGCUCGGAACUCCUGCUCUACCUCGGCUCCCCCAGCGCCAUCCCGGAUCUGGAGGAAGACCCGAGCCGCUUGGAUAAGAUCGUGGACGCGCUCGUCGGCUGGGUGGGCUCGAGCAACUACCGGGUAUCAUUAUUAGGAUUGGAAAUUUUAAGUGCCUUUGUGGACAGAUUAUCAACACGAUUUAAAUCCUAUAUACCACUGGUUAUUGUAGCUUUAGUAGACAGAAUGGGAGAUGCCAAAGACAAAGUUCGAGAUGAAGCUCAAACUCUGAUAUUGAAGUUAAUGGAUGAAGUAUCAACACCAGCGUCCAUUUGGGAACAGUUGGCUUCUGGUUUCAAGCACAAGAAUUUUCGAUCACGAGAAGGCGUGUGUCUGUGUCUUAUUGAAACCUUAAACAAUUUUGGAGCUCAGUCACUCCUCAUCAGCAAGCUGGUACCACAUUUGUGUGUCUUAUUUGGAGAUUGCAACAGUCAGGUGAGAAGUGCUGCACUCUCAGCUAUAGUAGAGAUUUAUAGACAUGUAGGAGAGAAAUUGAGAACUGACCUUUAUAAGAGAGGAAUUCCUCCUGCCAGAUUAGAAAUAAUAUUUGCCAAAUUUGAUGAAGUGCAAAAUUCGGGCAGUAUGAUUUUGAGCAUCUGCAAAGAUAAAAGCUUUGAUGAUGAGGAAUCAGUGGAUGGAAAUAGGCCAUCAUCAGCUGCUUCAGCCUUCAAGGUUCCUGCACCUAAAACACCCGGAAAUCCUGUCAACAGUGCAAGGAAGCCUGGUUCAGCAGGUGGCCCUAAGGUUGGAGGUGCUUCUAAAGAAGGAGGGGCUGGAGCCGUUGAUGAAGAUGAUUUUAUAAAAGCUUUUACAGAUGUCCCUUCUAUUCAGAUUUAUUCUAGUCGAGAACUUGAAGAAACAUUAAAUAAAAUCAGGGAAAUACUGUCAGAUGACAAACAUGACUGGGAUCAGCGUGCCAAUGCACUUAAGAAAAUCCGAUCACUGCUUGUUGCUGGAGCUGCACAGUAUGAUUGCUUUUUCCAACAUUUGCGCUUGUUGGAUGGAGCACUUAAACUAUCAGCUAAGGACCUUAGAUCCCAGGUGGUCCGGGAAGCUUGUAUUACUGUGGCCCACCUUUCAACAGUUUUGGGAAACAAGUUUGAUCAUGGCGCUGAAGCCAUUGUACCUACACUUUUUAAUCUUGUCCCCAAUAGUGCAAAAGUCAUGGCAACUUCUGGAUGUGCAGCAAUCAGAUUCAUCAUUCGGCAUACUCAUGUACCUAGGCUUAUUCCUUUAAUAACAAGCAACUGCACAUCAAAAUCAGUUCCAGUGAGGAGGCGUUCCUUUGAAUUUUUAGAUCUGUUGUUACAAGAAUGGCAGACUCAUUCCUUAGAAAGACAUGCAGCUGUCUUGGUUGAAACAAUUAAGAAGGGAAUUCAUGAUGCUGAUGCUGAGGCCAGAGUGGAGGCAAGAAAGACAUAUAUGGGUCUUAGAAACCACUUUCCUGGUGAAGCUGAAACAUUAUAUAAUUCUCUUGAGCCGUCUUAUCAGAAAAGUCUUCAAACUUACCUGAAGAGCUCUGGCAGUGUAGCAUCUCUACCACAAUCAGACAGGUCUUCAUCUAGUUCACAAGAAAGUCUAAAUCGCCCUUUUUCUUCCAAAUGGUCUACAGCCAACCCUUCAACUGUGGCUGGAAGAGUAUCAGUGGGCAGCAGCAAAGCCAGUUCCCUUCCAGGAAGCCUGCAGCGUUCCCGAAGUGACAUUGAUGUGAAUGCUGCUGCUGGUGCCAAGGCACAUCAUGCAGCUGGACAGUCUGUGCGAAGUGGUCGGUUAGGUGCAGGAGCCCUGAAUCCAGGAUCCUAUGCGUCUCUAGGCCGGGUGAGAGCAAAGCUUUCAGCACCACUUGCUGGUAUGGGAAAUGCCAAGACAGAUUCUAGAGGAAGAAGCCGAACAAAAAUGGUGUCUCAGUCUCAGCCUGGCAGCCGAUCUGGAUCUCCAGGACGAGUUCUGACCACAACAACCCUUUCUACUGUGAGCUCUGGUGCUCAAAGAGUCCUGGUCAAUUCAGCAUCUGCACAGAAAAGAAGCAAAAUACCACGGAGCCAGGGCUGCAGCAGAGAAGCUAGUCCAUCUAGGCUUUCAGUGGCCCGAAGCAGCCGUAUUCCUCGUCCAAGUGUGAGUCAGGGAUGCAGCCGAGAAGCUAGUCGAGAGAGUAGCAGAGAUACAAGUCCUGUCCGCUCUUUUCAGCCCCUUGGUCCAGGGUAUGGGAUCAGCCAGUCGAGCCGACUGUCAUCUUCUGUCAGUGCCAUGAGAGUCCUGAAUACUGGGUCCGAUGUGGAAGAAGCAGUAGCUGAUGCCUUGAAAAAACCUGCUCGAAGACGAUAUGAAUCCUAUGGAAUGCAUUCAGAUGAUGAUGCCAACAGUGAUGCUUCUAGUGCUUGUUCAGAACGCUCCUAUAGUUCUCGAAAUGGUAGUAUUCCUACAUAUAUGAGACAGACGGAAGAUGUGGCAGAAGUUCUCAAUAGAUGUGCUAGUUCCAAUUGGUCAGAAAGGAAAGAAGGCCUCCUAGGUCUGCAAAACUUAUUAAAAAAUCAAAGAACUCUAAGUCGAGUUGAACUGAAGAGGUUAUGUGAAAUUUUCACAAGAAUGUUUGCUGAUCCUCAUGGCAAGAGAGUUUUCAGCAUGUUUUUGGAGACUCUAGUAGAUUUCAUACAAGUCCACAAAGAUGAUCUUCAGGAUUGGCUGUUUGUACUGCUGACACAACUGCUGAAAAAAAUGGGUGCCGAUUUGCUUGGGUCUGUUCAGGCAAAAGUUCAGAAAGCCCUAGAUGUUACCAGAGAAUCUUUUCCAAAUGACCUUCAAUUUAAUAUUCUAAUGAGAUUUACGGUUGAUCAGACCCAGACACCAAGCUUAAAGGUGAAGGUUGCUAUUCUUAAAUACAUAGAAACUCUGGCCAAACAGAUGGAUCCAGGCGAUUUUAUAAAUUCCAGUGAAACUCGACUGGCAGUGUCUCGGGUUAUCACUUGGACAACAGAACCCAAAAGCUCUGAUGUUCGGAAGGCAGCACAAUCAGUGCUGAUUUCUUUAUUUGAACUUAAUACCCCAGAGUUUACAAUGUUAUUAGGAGCUUUACCAAAAACUUUUCAAGAUGGUGCUACCAAACUUCUUCAUAAUCACCUUCGAAAUGCUAGCAAUGGAACCCAGAGUUCCAUGGGAAGUCCUUUGACAAGACCAACACCUCGAUCACCAGCCAACUGGUCCAGUCCUCUUACAUCUCCUACCAAUACAUCACAGAACACUUUAUCUCCAAGAUCUAAUAUUGACCUAAGGCCUCUAAAAGUUGAUGAGUGGCAAAUAUGUGGGGGUCCUGGGGUGGCAGACCCAAGAGCCGGAGGUGAUGCAACUGACUCAAGCCAAACAACGAUUGAUAAUAAAGCCUCAUUGCUCCACUCCAUGCCUGCUCACUCUUCUCCACGGUCUCGAGACUACAAUCCCUAUAACUAUUCGGAUAGCAUCAGCCCCUUCAACAAAUCUGCCCUCAAGGAAGCCAUGUUUGAUGAUGAUGCUGACCAGUUUCCUGAUGAUCUUUCCCUAGACCAUUCUGACCUAGUUGCAGAGUUGUUGAAGGAAUUGUCUAACCACAAUGAACGUGUAGAAGAAAGAAAAAUUGCCCUCUAUGAACUGAUGAAACUAACACAGGAAGAGUCUUUCAGUGUUUGGGAUGAGCACUUCAAAACGAUACUACUUUUAUUGCUGGAAACUCUUGGGGACAAAGAGCCUACAAUCAGAGCUUUGGCAUUAAAAGUUUUAAAAGAAAUUCUAAGGCAUCAGCCAGCAAGAUUUAAAAACUAUGCAGAACUGACUGUCAUGAAAACAUUGGAAGCACAUAAAGACCCUCAUAAAGAGGUGGUGAGGUCUGCUGAGGAAGCGGCAUCAGUGCUGGCCACCUCUAUUAGUCCAGAGCAGUGCAUCAAAGUGCUGUGCCCUAUCAUUCAGACUGCAGACUACCCCAUUAAUCUGGCUGCAAUCAAAAUGCAAACAAAGGUGAUCGAGAGAGUAUCCAAGGAAACCCUUAACCUACUCCUACCAGAGAUUAUGCCAGGCCUAAUACAGGGUUAUGAUAAUUCGGAGAGCAGUGUUCGGAAAGCUUGUGUCUUCUGCCUAGUAGCUGUUCAUGCAGUAAUUGGCGAUGAGCUAAAACCACAUCUCAGUCAACUCACUGGCAGUAAAAUGAAGCUACUGAACCUUUAUAUCAAACGUGCACAGACGGGUUCAGGAGGGACCGAUCCCACUACUGACGUUUCUGGACAAAGUUAGCACCAGUCAUCAGUGAAGCAGGUCUCUCAAGGACAGACAGACCACCCUCAUCAGUGAAAGGAAAUUCUCAAAAUACAUCUUUUGGAACUUAACCAUUGUUUCCCGGUUUUUGUUUUUUUGUUUCAUUUCAUUUUGUAUUUUCUGUAACAGAGAGCUAUCCUCAGUCUGCAUGUAACUUUUAUGAUAGUUAUUCCAAAUUCAAAAAGAAGCAGUAUUAACAAUUGAUCAAUACAAAGUAAUUUUUUAGUCUAACUCAUCAUUUCACAUGUUUGUACUUCUUUGUCUUCCCAUUAACCUUUGCCAGUGUUAUGAUUGUAUAAAUUUUUUUAAAUACUGGUUAAACCGGAAUGCUUAAAGCUUUAAAAGUUUUAACAGUCUAAAACAUUUUUUGUCUUUAUUCAACUGCAGAAUAAUAUUUUUAUUGCUACUUUGAGUUUUGUUCCAUAUCAUGUCCUAGCUAGAAAUAUUAUUAAUGACGUGAAACAAAGCAGGACUGAUUUGAACUUCAGCUGGACUCUGUUGGUAUGAUGGUGAGCCGUGUCAUUAGUUGCAACUUCUUCGGGGUCAUUUGUAGUUUGAAAAUGAAGACCUGGAAGAGAAACAUUACAGAAUCAGCCAGUUCUGUAAAACUGCUGUUGUUUGUUGGUUAUUGAUCUUGCCAUCAUUAUUUAAAACCAUGUCCUAUGAUCCCUUCAGAAAGCUGCACCAAAUCAUCUGCCUGUUUUUUUCUUGAUACUUGUUGAAAUGGAAAGUUUCAUUGCAGGGUUUUUGUGUUGUUUUUUUGUUUGUUUAUUUUGUUGUGAAUGAUGCUUUUUUGUAUUUAUUAAUAUCAGAUUCACUUAUGAAUAAACUUGAUAAUGGAAACAGACAAAAGAAUCAAGUGCAUGUGUGUCCUUGACUGUCUUCUGUUUCUCACUUAGUAAAACAAACUAAUUAUUGAUAUGGAGUCAACCAGCACUAUUUCCUGAAAAUGAUGGAAGCUGGUUUUUUCUAACCAUGAAAACAUUGAUCCUGAUGAGAGAGAAGAUGGUGCCAAGGCUGUCUUAUAAUAAUGGGCUCAAAUUCUCUACCUCUUCAGGGCUAAUGCUUUUAACUGAGCUGCUGCCUGUAAUAUGUCUUUCAGAAAACUAUUUAAAGGGUGAUUUCUGUUACUUUUUAACAAAAAUUUUAAUCACCUUUUGCUAAACCUGUUCUUUUCAUAUGCAGCCGUCUUUCAAAAAUGACCAGUUUCAGUGAAAGCCAACUGAAAUCAUUUGGAACCAGGAUUCAAUGAUUUCUCAUUUUGACUUUUUUUUAAUUUAAUUUUAACAUGAAGUGAAUUUGACUGGCAAGGCAAAGGUCUGUGAGAGGAGCAAUUUGCUAUUGUUACAGAGUUACCUGUACUAUCUUUGUUUAAUUGAAAAAAAAAUGUAGAAAUGUAUGUAAAGAAUCUAAGACAAGAGAACCGAAUGGGUGAUUUGUUAUAGGCUUUUCCCUUCCUUUGUGUUCUAGCAGCAAGAAAAGACAUUUCCCAAUAUUCUCUCCCCCUCACCUGUAACAGCUUUGUUUUUACUGUUAAUUACGUUGUGUAUUUAUAGUUCAAUGCUUACUGUUGUGCAUAUACUGGCAAUAAAACUGUACAUAACAUUA